CCUUGAUUUUUAACAAGACACUACUGCAGGCUCUGUCUUCACAGAACUUUUGGGAUGGGCUGGAAAAGCCAUGGACAUGCAACCUAAGGAUCUCCCAGGGGCCAGCUUUCAUGACAAGGGGGGAAGGCCCACAGGUAUCCCUGUCUUGUAGUUUUAAGUAGUUUCACAGAAAGAAGAGCCAGGUAUGUGCCAAGUCCUGUGCCCUACUCCUCUUCCCCAGGCUCAGCAGCACUUUCCAGAGCCCGCUGACCCCCUGGAGGGGUUGCUGUGUGCACUCUGGGUUUGGGGUUAUUGCUUUGGCUGUGUUCAACCUUUGCUCACCUGUCACUGAACUGUGCUUUGUCUGGCCUUUGGGUCAUUGACCCGCAAGCAAAUAGAUAAUGUUCUGGAAAAAGCUGGAGUUCUGUUCAAUGCUUUAUUGUGAUGAAAACUGAAGUUAGCAAAGCUUGCAAGGCUUGCUGACCUUCCAUGGUGGAGUCGCUGCUUCUUCCUGCUCCCUCCAGCUCUCAUUCACAGGGCUGUUGACUACAGAUUGUAAUUACCAUGUCGGACUCAGUAAUUCUUCGCAGUGUGAAGAAAUUUGGAGAGGAGAAUUACGCUUUUGAAUCUGACAGAUCAAAUGACAAUGAUAAAAAAACAAGGCCGCAAGAUAAGAAGAAAGGUGGUGGUGUUCAAGUUGGCUUCUUUCAACUGUUCCGGUUCUCCACAUGGACUGACAUCUGCCUGAUGCUCGUUGGGAGUUUGUGUGCGUUGCUCCAUGGGCUGGCCCAGCCAGGAAUGAUUCUCAUAUUUGGUUUAAUGACUGAUGCUUUUAUUGAGUAUGACACUGAAAUACAAGAACUCAAGAUUCCAGGAAAAGCAUGUGUGAAUAACACCAUAGUGUGGAUCAACAGCUCCCUUUACCAGAAUGUGACAAAUGGAACACGUUGUGGGCUGCUGGACAUUGAGAGUGAAAUGAUCACGUUUGCCACAAUCUAUGCUGGAAUCGGCAUUACAGUAUUCAUUCUGGGAUAUGUUCAAAUAUGCUUCUGGGUGAUUUCUGGAGCUCACCAGGUAAGAGAAAUGAGAAAAAUUUACGUUAGAAGAAUAAUGAGAAUGGAGAUUGGAUGGUUUGACUGCAACUCUGUGGGGGAACUGAAUACAAGAUUCUCAGAUGAUAUUAAUAAGAUCAAUGAAGCCAUUGCUGACCAACUGGCCAUUUUCAUUCAGCGCCUGACAUCAGCCAUCUGUGGGUUCCUGUUGGGAUUCUACAGGGGUUGGAAACUGACCUUGGUUAUUAUUUCUGUCAGCCCUCUCAUUGGGAUUGGAGCAGGCAUCAUUGGUCUGAGUGUGGCCAAGUUCACAGACCUUGAGUUGAAGGCCUAUGCCAAAGCAGGGUGUGUGGCCGAUGAAGUAAUUUCAUCUAUGCGGACAGUGGCUGCUUUUGGUGGUGAAAAAAAAGAGGUCAAAAGGUACGAGAACAAUCUUGUGUUUGCCCAGCGCUGGGGAAUUAGAAAAGGGAUGGUGAUGGGCUUCUUUACUGGAUACAUGUGGUGUCUCAUCUUCUUUUCCUAUGCACUGGCCUUCUGGUACGGCUCCAAACUCGUCCUGGAGGAUGGGGAGUACACGCCAGGAACCCUUGUGCAGAUCUUCCUCAGUGUCUUAGUAGGAGCUUUGAAUCUUGGGAAUGCAGCCUCUUCUUUGGAAGCAUUUGCCACCGGGCGUGCAGCAGCGGCCACCAUUUUUGAGACAGUGGACAGGGAACCCAUCAUUGACUGCAUGUCAGAGGCUGGUUACAAGCUUGACAGAAUCAAAGGUGAAAUAGAAUUCCACAAUGUGACCUUCCACUAUCCUUCCAGACCAGAGGUGCAGAUUUUAAAUAACCUCAAUCUGGUCAUUAAACCUGGAGAAAUGACGGCUCUGGUAGGAUCGAGUGGAGCUGGGAAAAGCACAGCACUGCAGCUCAUCCAGAGGUUCUACGACCCCUGUGGAGGCAUGGUGACUCUGGAUGGCCACGACAUUCGCUCUCUUAACAUCCAGUGGCUGAGAGAUCAGAUUGGGAUUGUGGAGCAAGAGCCUGCUCUGUUCUCCACCACGAUUGCAGAGAACAUCCGUUAUGGCAGGAAAGAUGCAACAAUGGAAGACAUCAUCCGCGCUGCCAAGGACGCCAACGCCUACAACUUCAUCAUGGACUUGCCGCAGCAAUUUGACACCCCUGUUGGAGAAGGGGGAAGCCAGAUGAGUGGUGGCCAAAAACAAAGGAUAGCCAUCGCCAGAGCGCUUGUGCGAAAGCCCAAGAUCCUCCUGUUGGACAUGGCCACCUCAGCGUUGGACAAUGAGAGCGAAGCCAUGGUCCAAGAAGCACUGAGUAAGAUUCAGCAUGGGUACACAGUGGUCUCGAUUGCCCACCGCCUAUCCACAGUGAGAGCGGCAGAUGUUAUCAUCGGUUUUGAACAUGGCACAGCCGUGGAAAGAGGCACCCAUGAAGAGUUGUUGGAAAGGAAAGGUGUUUACUUCACUUUAGUGACCUUGCAGAGUCGUGGAGAUCAAGCCCUCACUGGAAAUGAUGUAAAGGAAAAUGACAUAUAUGAAGAUGACAUACCGAAGACCUUCAGCAGAGGGAGCUACCAGGACAGUCUAAGUCCCUUCCCAACCACAGCUAAGCAAUCCAUGCAACACUGUCUCUUAUGGAAGCUGCAUUCACACCUUUAGCUGUGUUCUUCAGGG